AUGAAGCUGGAUGAGACUAUAACAUUGCUCAGACAGGGCAAACACGUCUCGGAAGAGACAGUGUUCCAGCUAUGUCUCCAGGCUCAAGAACUAUUGAUGAACGAGGCGAACGUUACGCAUGUGGACACCCCGGUAACGAUUUGCGGGGACAUACACGGUCAGUUGCACGAUUUGCUGACGCUUUUCGACAAGAGUGGCGGGGUAGAACAGAACAAAUACGUGUUCUUGGGUGACUUCGUGGACCGUGGGUUCUAUUCCUUAGAAAGUUUUCUACUUUUGCUUUGCUACAAACUGCGAUAUCCAGACCGAAUCACUAUGAUUCGUGGAAAUCACGAAACCCGUCAGAUUACCAAAGUAUAUGGAUUCUAUGAUGAGAUAGUCCGCAAGUACGGCAAUAGCAACGUCUGGCGCUACUGCUGCGAAGUGUUUGAUUACCUGUCGCUGGGCGCUAUUAUCAAUGACCGAAUUUUCUGCGUUCACGGAGGACUAUCACCGGAUGUGAUGACUGUCAAUCAGAUACGCGCAAUAGACCGGAAGCAAGAAGUACCCCACGAAGGCGCCAUGUGCGACUUACUAUGGAGUGACCCAGACGAAGUUAACACCUGGUCUUUGUCCCCUCGAGGAGCCGGAUUCCUCUUCGGGAAGAACGAAGUGGACCAGUUCCUUCACACCAACGACUUUGAGCUCAUAGCCCGCGCGCACCAGCUCGUCAUGGAAGGCUACAAGGAGAUGUUUGACGGCGGCCUAGUAACGGUAUGGUCCGCCCCGAAUUAUUGUUACCGUUGCGGUAACGUGGCUGCCGUGCUACGCAUCGAGGAUACCUUGGACCGGAACUACAUGAUAUUCGAGGCAGUCCCGGCUCAGGAUGACGUUGGAAACGCCAUAAUACCGACCAAGAAGCCCCAGAUGGACUAUUUCUUGUAG